AGCACCCAGGCCGCCGCGGCCCCCGCAAACUACGCCCAGGCUCGGCCCACGCCGCUCAUUGGCGCGGGCCGGAGCCAGAGCACCCAGACCCUGCGCUGCCCUCGGCCGGCCGGGUGCGGAGCCCCAGCUGCGGAGGCCGACGGCACCUGGCCCUGAGAGCCUCGACGCCUGACCCCCGCGCUUCCUCGGCCAGGCCCGGCGGGCGGGAGCCGGGCCGAGCGAGCAGGAGCGGCCAGUAGCCCGCCGCCUGGCGCCCCCGGCCCAGCGCCCCCACCGCCACUGCCUCAAGGCCACUCGCUCUCCGCAGGUGGCCGUAGACCCUAGCGGCAUGGCCAUGGGCCGAAGGGUGCGCGUGUUGCUGCUGCUGGGCCUGCUGCACUGGGUCGGGGGCAGCGAGGGCAAGAAGACCUGGCGGCGCCGCGGUCAGCAGCCACCUCCACAACCCCCGCAGCGGGCCGAGGCGGCGCCGGCGGCCGGACAGCCGGUGGAGAGCUUCCCGCUGGACUUCACAGCCGUGGAGGGCAACAUGGACAGCUUCAUGGCGCAGGUUAAAAGCCUAGCGCAGUCUCUGUACCCGUGCUCUGCGCAGCAGCUCAACGAGGACCUGCGCUUGCACCUCCUGCUCAACACGUCGGUGACCUGCAAUGACGGCAGCCCAGCCGGCUACUACCUGAAGGAGUCCAAGGGCAGUCGGCGGUGGCUGCUCUUUCUAGAAGGUGGUUGGUACUGCUUCAACCGGGAGAACUGCGACUCCAGAUACGACACCAUGCGGCGCCUAAUGAGCUCCAAAGAUUGGCCACGCACUCGCACAGGCACCGGCAUCCUGUCCUCGCAGCCAGAGGAGAACCCCCACUGGUGGAAUGCGAACAUGGUUUUCAUCCCCUACUGCUCCAGUGACGUUUGGAGUGGGGCUUCAUCUAAGUCUGAGAAGAAUGAGUAUGCCUUCAUGGGUGCCCUCAUCAUCCAGGAGGUGGUGCGGGAGCUCCUGGGCAGAGGGCUGAGCGGGGCCAAGGUGCUGCUGCUGGCCGGGAGCAGUGCUGGGGGCACAGGGGUGCUACUAAAUGUGGACCGUGUGGCUGAGCAGCUGGCGGAGCUGGGCUACCCAGCCAUCCAGGUACGGGGCCUGGCGGACUCAGGCUGGUUUCUGGACAACAAGCAGUACCGCGGCACAGACUGCCUGGACACCGUCACUUGUGCACCCACGGAGGCCAUCCGCCGGGGCAUCAGGUACUGGAACGGUUUGGUCCCGGAGCGCUGCCGGCGCCAGUUCCGGGAGGGUGAGGAGUGGAACUGCUUCUUUGGCUACAAAGUCUACCCGACUCUGCGCUGUCCUGUGUUUGUGGUGCAGUGGCUGUUUGACGAGGCCCAGCUGACUGUGGACAACGUGCACCUCACAGGGCAACCAGUGCAGGAGGGCCAGUGGCUGUACAUCCAAAAUGUGGGCCGUGAGCUGCGUGAUACACUCAGAGACGUGCCGGCCAGCUUUGCCCCGGCCUGCCUCUCCCAUGAGAUCAUCAUCCGGAGCCACUGGACAGAUGUCCAGGUGAAGGGUACCUCGCUUCCCCGUGCGCUUCAUUGCUGGGACAGGAGCCUCCAAGACAGCCACAAGGCCAGCAGAACCCCCCUGAAGGGCUGCCCCGUCCACCUGGUGGACAGCUGCCCAUGGCCCCACUGCAACCCCUCGUGCCCCACCAUCCGGGACCAAUUCACCGGGCAGGAGAUGAAUGUGGCCCAGUUCCUCAUGCAUAUGGGCUUUGAUGUGCAGACAGUCGCCCAGCAGCAGGGCCUGGAGCCCAGCAAGCUGCUAGGGAUGCUGAGCAGCGGGACCUAAGGGGCCUCCUAGAGGAGGAGCCACACCUCCCCCACCUCCGCCCCACCAGUAGGCCCGGUUGUCUCCCCAGCCGACCAGCCCAACCACACCCCAGCCUUCCCUGUUCCUCUUGCCCUGCCUUCAGGAGGCCUGAGGUGGGGACCUGCUGUCAACCUAGGUGUGGCCUGCGGGUCUUUCUCAGCCCCACCUGCUCCCCUGAGCCUCCAGUGGUGGUGGGGAGCCAGGAGCGAAGCACUGAAUCCUCCCCCCACAGACUCCCCCAUCCCUGCCCCAGCAGAUCAGGCCCUUUUGUAUUAUUUUAUAAAAUGACUUUUUUUAUUACUUUAAAUUUUUAAAAAAAUGAACAUGAGCAAGAAUUAUAUGAUGAAUGAUACUGUUUUGUAACAUAUUUUUUAUAAUAAUAAAAAACAGACAACCAAAGAA